AUGUCUGUCGUUCCCGAUUUAACAAUACACGACCCAACGUCACCCGUUGAUGAUCAAGCUCUUCCCCACUCGCACCACUUGGCUCUCUACUCACCAGACCACCCGAUGCCUCCCAAGCCUUUUCUUCCAGCCCGCGUUACGCGCUCGCGCUCCUCUGCGCUCUUAGUGACGCCGUCUGCAUCCGUCACGACCGUGUCUGCCAUCGCCGUCCCGUCAGUUGAGGUCGACGCAGCGGUCUGCCCUCCACCUCGCAAGAAGGCCAAACGCACCGUAAAGAACGAAGUCAAGGCUGAACCGUCGGUCCCAAGGGCACCCCGCACACCCCCACCACCUUUCUCCCUCCCCGCCGACGAGGAGAUCGCCGAGGCUCUCAUUGCUGAUAUUCUUCCAGUCGGUGACCUAGGUGUCCAGAAAGGCCUCCUGCGUUGGGUCCUCGCUGCACACGGCGAACUGCCUCCUUCGACACCGAAGACACCGAAGACGCCAAAGUCGCCAAAGGGUACUCCCAAGAAACGAACUGCCAACUCCACUCCUCUCACCGCUACACCUCUGCCAUCACAAGCCUCGCAGACUACCGAGAUCGAUCUGUCCUCAUCACAGCGCACUGAGACGACAGAUGUCAACCGGUCGUCAACACCGCCUCCGACCCUCACCCCUUCAAAACCGCCAGCAACACCGUCCAACUUCCCCUCGACACCUGGCCCGCCGCCUGUUACACCGAGUGCCAGUACCAAUCCGAUGCUCCCACCGAAGGCGCCUGACUCGAUCCUUGCGACUCCCGAGGGCUGGGAUCACAUAUGUGCUCAUCGAGCGGCCCCCUUGCCACCAGGGCUGAGUCUGAAUGAACUCAAGGCGCGGCUCGCUGGCAAAAAGGCCAAAGGCGGCGUUUAUCUUCUUCCCGCAGAGAUGGAAACGCUCACCGAUGCUUGGCGACCUUACCGCUCUGUCGCCGCCUGUUACACCUGGUCCAUGGCAGGAGAGAACUAG